GACCUGUUUUCUACAUCUGUGCUCUUCCCCAGCAACUCGCUCAGAUGAUGCACAUAGUGACCAAUCGGGAAACGUGUGUGGAAUAUUGCUGAACGUCAGCAAUCACUCUGGGCUUUCUGAUAAGGAUGAUAAAUCAUCACUGGAUAAUUUUAGCAUCCAGGGCCCAAGGAGACACCGGGUUGUGCGACUGUCCUAACACACAGAUUUCACGAGCCCUGCCUGCGAGGAACCAGCAGAAGGAAUUCGAGAGAGUUGACAGCUAUGCUUUAGGCCGCCAGCUUUUUAAUCAGCCAGUUGGUUAUUAGAAAAAUUCCUCGGUCGGGGGCGCCGCUUCACGAAGCAGUGGAGGCGGGUGCGAGCUGUGCAAUCGACAGCCGCCGGCACCUUUGAUGCCAGCCCCAGCUCGGCGCAAGGCAUGCUGGGACUCCGCGGAUCGCCACCACCGUCACCAAGGCAACCGGAGAGCACGCGGUUGUCACGGAGACCAGCUACUGCCUCAGAGAGCCUCGCCCAGGGGCUGCCUUCGCCCGCGACGCUGGCAGGAUGCUUCGCCGAGGCUCCAGGGCCUCUGAAAGGCGAAGACACUUGAGCGACCACCUCAGCUGGCAACAAGACCUGGCGCUGAGCAGCAGCAUCUACCUCCUGCAAGAGAUGGGCCCCACUGGCUUCCUGCUGAGGGAGGAGGAGCCAGAAUACAGGGAUUUCCGAGUUUUUCUAGGAAAUCCUCAUUUUUGUGACUGUUCCAGAUUUCUGAAAGGAGGGGAGCUUUGUAAGCAUAUAUGCUGGGUCUUGUUGAAGAAAUUCAGGCUUCCAAGGAAUCAUGAAUCUGCUUUGCAGUUAGGUCUCACGGAAAGAGAAAUCAAUGACUUGCUUCGGGGGAUACACCGAAUUCAAACUCUUCAACAAAGAACAGAGGACGAAAAUGCACAUAUUGAAGAAGCUGAGUACAUUAAACAGAAAGAAAUUGGUUCAGAUGAUAUCUGCUCUAUUUGUCAUGAAGUAUUUUUAGAGAAAAAGCUCCCUGUCACCUUUUGCAGAUAUUUACUGGGUACUACCACACGUUGUGUGAUUUCUGGAAAAAUAAGGUUUGGCUGUGGGAAUAGUAUUCAUAUAAAAUGCAUGAAGAUCUUAGCUAAUUUUCAGAAUAUGACAUCGAACACUUCCAUGUUGAAAUGUCCUCUGUGUAGGAAAGAGUUUGCACCAUUAAAACUUAUUUUAGAGGAAUUCAAAAACUCUAGCAAACUUGUGACUGUAGCUGAGAAAGAGCGACUAGACAAACACCUUGGCAUUCCCUGUAACAACUGUAAACAAUUUCCAAUUGAGGGGAAAUGUUAUAAGUGUACCAAAUGUGUAGAAUAUCACUUAUGCCAGGAAUGUUUUGAUAGCUGCUGCCAUCCUUCUCACCUAUUUACAUUUCGUGAGAAGAGAAAUCAAAGAUGGAAAUCACUAGAAAAAAGAUCAGAUGAAAUUAUAAAAUGUAGAGAUAUUAAAAACGAGGAAGAAGAAAACAUGCCACAUUUUCAAGAAAAGCAGGGCCAGGUUUACACACCAAAACAUGUGGUGAAGUCACUGCCUCUCUUACUGAUUACAAAGAGUAGUAAGCUGCUUGCUCCAGGCUUCCAGUGUCGACUUUGUUUGAAGGCAUUUCAUCUUGGUCAACACGCAAGAUUGCUGCCAUGUACUCACAAGUUUCAUAGGAAAUGUAUUGACAGUUGGUUAUUCCACAAGUGCAAUUCAUGCCCUAUUGAUGGACAAGUUAUAUAUAAUCCUUUAACCUGGAACAAUACAGCAGUGAAUGGACACGCACAUCAGUCUGUUUCAAACACAGACAUCACUCAUCUGCUAAAACAAGAAGAACCAGAACUUUUUAUUCCUGGUACUGGACUAGUCUUAAAACAAAAUAGACUUGGAAUUUUACCUAGCAUACCUCAAUGUAAUUCUAAAAAGUUAAACACACCUCAAAGUCCAACAGAUACCUAUCAGAAUAUAACAAUUAAUGAUCUAUUCUCUAUCAAAUUAGAUGAUUCAAAUUCAAGAAAAUUAAUCUAUGAAUAUAAAAUUAGCCAACAUUUCCCAAGGUAUCUUCAAGAUUUACCCACUGGAUCCUUUGAGAAAAUAUCAUCGCAAACAUUUCUUCCUUCUAUUGAUCACAAGAAUAUUAUAUGUCCCACUGGAAUGGAAAAUCCAUGUAUCAAUGAAAAAUACCACACUCAUCAAAGCCAGAAGAUGACCAAAGACUGUAAAUGUGUUAACCACAAUCUAAAGACGACUCUUGGUACUAAAAUAAGAGAGGACAGCAGGAGAUCCAAUUCUUCACUUCCAGAAGAUUUAAAUCUCAUUGUCAAUUGGGGUACAACUAAACUUAGUUUGUCUAAAAGGCAUAAUAAUUGUAUGGGGAAAAUUAGACAAAAAUGUAGUCAUCUAUCAAGAAGGCCUAUAUCUCACCCUUUAAAUACAGAAAGUACUGAGCUAUCUUUAAUAUUGGAAGGAGUUCAGUUAUGAAAAUGUAUUUUUGAUUAACAUCAGAAAAUAUUUGAAUAUUGAACAUAAAAAUGUUUUAUGUAGAACAUAAAAACACUGUAUACUCUUGAC